AUGUUUAUUUACCUCAGUAAGAAGAUUGCCAUACCCAACCACAUUAAUCUAAAAUGUGUGUCCUGGAACAAAGACCAAGGGUUUAUUGCCUGUGGAGGAGAUGAUGGUCUUCUUCGUGUCCUCAAGUUAGACAGUCAAACAGAUGACGCCAGACUCAAAGGUCUUGCUGCCCCCAGUAAUCUCUCAAUGAACCAAGGUUUGGAAGGACACAGUGGAGCUGUACAAGUUAUUACCUGGAAUGAACAAUAUGAAAAACUGACCACAAGUGACCAAAAUGGUCUCAUAAUUGUGUGGAUGCUGUAUAAAGGUGCUUGGUAUGAAGAGAUGAUCAACAAUAGAAACAAGUCUGUGGUGAGGAGCAUGAGCUGGAACGCAGAUGGUCAGAAGAUCUGCAUUGUGUACGAAGACGGAGCAGUUAUAGUCGGAUCUGUAGAUGGUAACCGCAUUUGGGGAAAAGAAUUAAAGGGAAAUCAACUUGCUCAUGUAGCUUGGUCGCCCGACAGCAAAAUCCUGCUGUUUGGAAUGGCCAACGGAGAAGUGCACAUCUAUGACAAUCAAGGGAACUUCAUUAUGAAAAUGACUAUUUCUUGUCUGACAAAUACCACUGGAGCCGUGAGUAUCGCAGGGAUCCACUGGUAUGCUGGAGCAGGAGGUUACAUUGAGCCGGACUGCCCGUGCUUGGCCAUCUGCUUCGACAAUGGGAAAUGUCAGAUUAUGAGCUAUGAGAAUGAUGAAAAUCCCGUGUUCAUUGACACGAUGAUGAAUGUGGUCAGUAUCCAGUGGAAUCAUUGUGGCAGUGUCCUGGCUGUGGCUGGAGGCCUCAGAACUGCAAAUAUGGAGAAGGAAUUGAAUGUGGUUCAAUUUUAUACACCGUUUGGAGCGCAUCUCCGGACACUGAAGGUCCCCGGGAAGCAGAUGACCGGAGUGGCCUGGGAAGGAGGCGGCCUGCGCAUUGCUUUGGCUGUGGACUCCUACAUUUACUUUGCAAACAUACGACCCGAUUAUAAAUGGGGCUAUUGUUGCAGUACGGUGGUCUAUGCCUACACAAAACCAGAGCGACAGGAGUAUUGUGUGGUGUUCUGGGACACAAAAAACAAUGAAAAGUUUGUCAAAUAUGUCAAGAGUCUUAUGUCCAUUACCACAUCGGGAGAUUUCUGCAUCCUGGCCAGUAAAGCAGAUGACAGCCAAUGUCAGGAGGAUUCUGAGGCCGAACCUGGACAUAACUCACGGUUUGUCUUGAUUCUUUGCAACUCCAUUGGAACGCCACAGGACUCAAAAUACAUCGACAUCGAUCCGUUUUACGUCACGAUGACUAAAACCCACGUGAUUGCUGCAUCCAAAGAAGCAUUUUACUUAUGGCAAUACAGAGUGGCAAAGAAAUUAACUGCUCUAGAAAUAAAUCAAGUGGCCAAGACGAAGAAGAAGGGGCGCGAGAGGGUUUAUCACAUUGAUGAUAAUCCAGCCACAGACCCAGACUUUACAAGAGCAUUUUCAGUAAGUAUUUAG